AGGAAUCCUCACGGCCUGUUUUUUAACCUCACAUCUGACCACCAUCUAUGCAUGAAAUGACCUGUCUUUAUAGCUUGAUCAUGAGCUCUUCAGGAAGUCUGACUCUGAUGUGUCUCUCUUUGUCCCUCUGUCUUCUUCGCCUCCAACAGUCCAACUGUGCCCUGCUUGAGUCCAGGUUGGUCUCCGUCCACAGUAUUCAGGAGUACGCUUUUCUCCAGCAGUUCACCAACAGUAAUGGAUGGGCAGACGCUUGGCUGGGCGGUUUCUACCUACAGGACAACUGGUUGUGGCUUGAUGGAUCCUGGUUCUAUAACAACAGCUGGAGCAUCGAGUCCCCAGACAGCAGCAACCCCUGCCUACUGCUUAAUUCUAAUGAGGGAUGGAGCAAUUCCCCAUGCAACUCUGGUGGCUUUUCCUCCAUCUGUGUAAAGAACUCCAAUGUCCCAGCAGCGAUGGUGUGUCCUGAAGGCUGGACGGGGUUCCAGGGCCGCUGUUACUACUACAACUCUGACUCUCUGACCUGGCCUGAAGCUGAUUCUAACUGCGCUGAUCUCGAUGCCAGCCUGGUCUCAGUCCACAGCCGUGAGCAGUAUUACUUCCUCUAUCAGCAAACUGUUGCUAAUGACAUCUCUCCAGCCUGGCUCGGUGGAUUCUAUCUUGAGGACCAGUGGCUGUGGCUCGAUGGUUCCUGGUUCUAUGAGGGAUUUUUUGAUCAGAUGUCUCCGGAAAGCACCAACUUGUGCCUUUCAACAUUCAAUGCUGAUGGUUGGAGCAAUUAUGACUGUGAUAACACCUUCCCUUCGUUUUGUGUGAAGUAUGAGGCUGUGUGAAGGAUGCACUUUGAAUCUACAACCCACACAGACAGGACAGACAGAGUGAUGGAAUAUAUUAGUCAAGUAUUAUUCAAAUCCAAAUGUAUUCUUACCAAAAUUGAAAAAUACUGUAUCUGUCUUGUGCAAAUUUUACAGAGAAAUUAAAGAAUAAUUUAUCAUCCCAGACUUUCAAUGUGGUAGUUUAGAUUUUUACUUGUAACCACUGACUCUCUGUUAUUCCUGCCCACAAAGUAUUACCAUAGCUACUUGUGCUGUCCACUGUCAAUCAUUCAGAAGCUGGAUUCACUCACUUAUUCACAGAAAAACAGUUCACUUUCUGGGUUUAGCUCCAGAGAGGAAGCUAAAAUGUUACAUUAUUAUAUUUCCUUAGCAAACAUCUUGAAAACAGUAACAUCAGAUCAGAUCACUGACAUGGACAUGAGUUGAACUACUGUAAGCAAGAUGCUUUUUAACAAUGCAACAGGUCAACCGGCUAAACCAACUUCAGAACAGGUGAUAUUUUUGGGGUCAGAGGAAACUGUUUUACUAAU